GCGUCGUCCAAUCAGCGCCGAGCAGGUUUUUUUGUUUCCGGGAGAGUUUGGUGAUGUGGCUCUGCUUGGAAGUCCAUCCGACGAGAUCGAGCCGAUAAACAGACCCUCCAAAGAUCCGCAGGGAAGCACUCAUACAGUGCCAUCCUCAUGUUCAGCCGCCUGGCGACAGUCCUCCAGGAGCUCUCUGGAGAGGAGGGUCAAGAUGGAGAGACACAGGAGGGCGAGCUCGUACCUCACCUUCCUGCCGACGCGGGCCAGACUCCCGCAGAGUCUGCGGCCCACGAGGAGGCUACGGAGCGUCUCGCCCACCUGGAGCAGCUGGUGGUGAAGCUGAAGGAGCUCAUCCGUGACAAGGAGGCCCAGCUGGCUGGCAAAGAUGCACUGCUCAAGAAUGAAAGGGAGACCAGCGAGGCUCGCUUUAGUAAACUCAAACUACAGGCCAAAGCCAAGAUAACCUCCCUCAGCAAGCAGAUUGAUGAUUUGAAGGGACAAGAUGGAGCAAUUAGCCCUGACAGCUCUUUUUCAAGAGAUGUGGUUGUGGAGGGCGACCUGCAAGAGGUGCAGAGUAAGCUACGUGAGGAGGAGGCCAACAGCGCCGAGCUGCGAGAACGACUCCAGGUCACCGAGAAGCUGCUGAAGGAAAAGGAGGACGCCCACACUGAGCAGCUGAGGCUCCUCCAGGCGGUGGUGUGCGACAAGGACGUACGCUUCCAGGAACAGAUCCAGAAACAUGAAGAGGAGCUGAUGAGGGUCACUGCGCAAUCGUCCAAAGAUACCGAGCUGCAGCAGGCACUCUACGUGGCCCAGCGGCGGUGUGAAGAGCUUGAGGAAACCUUGAAAUCCAACUCACAAGUGUUGGAAAUGCUCCAGCAGGAAGUCACCAGUGCGGAUCGACAAAAGCAGAUCCUGACUGCUCAGUUCCGGGAAAUGGAAGGAGAGCUUACUGAAGCCCUCAAGCAAAAGGAGGAAUGGGUCCAGCGGUCCAGCAAAGCUGAUACGGCCCUCCAAGAAGUGCUGGCGCAAGCUAAAGAAGACGUGGCGAGGUACGAGAGCGAGCUAUCGUCCCUGAAAGAGGCGGCGAGCAUCAGCCUGGAGAAAGAGAAGACAGAAGUUGCCAGGCUGGAAAAAGAGAUGGCUUUCAUAAAUUACAGCGCCCGAGCGUGUCGUGAUGAGUCAGAGAAAGACAAGUUGGAAAUAUCUCGCCUCGAAAAGGAGCUCAUGUCUUUGAGAGAGGCCGAGUCCGAAGUGGUCCAGGCCAGUCGGAGCAACCUUGAGGAGACGAAAUCACAGGUUGAAAAGCUGGAGCGAGAGCUAGCUUGUCUUGUAGAGGGGCAAGAAGAGGCUAAAAAAAACAGCGAGGUCUUGGCUGAGAUUUGGAGGCAUUUACUACCUCUCACCCUCCAAGACGUACACCCAUCAGAGGACAUUGUGGUCCCAGGUGACCUUUCGCUUGUUCUGGACACUGUGCUGACCAUUGAGACACAAGUGACUAAGCUGAAAGAUGAUCACAGGGAGGGUGAGGAACGCUGUGUUGAGCUCAGACAAACCAUGGAGGCUCUGCAAGAACAACUGGACAGAUCCACAACUGAAAAAGAAGACAGCAUUGCUAAGGUUCAGCAGCUAGAGCAGCAGAUCGCGUCGAAUUCCGAAAGGGAUUCAGAGGAGCAACAAGCAAGAGUGUCUUCUGAAGCUGACAGAGCGACCAUAUUGACAUUGGAGCAACGGCUGUCGGAAAAAAACGAUGAGCUUAGCGUCUUGCGAGAAUGUCUGCGGGUGGCCGAAGAGCGGAGCACCGGGGAUGCUGCGUCGGCUCAAAAUCUUGACCAACCUCCAGUCCAGGUUGAAAUUGAUGACACAGGAGAUAAUUCUGCAACACCUCCUGACUGCUUGGAGGACACCCAAGAAGAAGAGACCACAUUGGUCGCAGAGGACACAUCCGUCCUCUCUAUUUCAGCAGUCAAUGAGAGCAGCCCGCAAUUCAUCCUACAUCAGGAAUCCCCCGAAGAGUCCAAAGGGACUUCCUCCGAUGAGAUGGUCGCCAGCACUGAUUCUGAGGUGGCUCACAGCAGCUGGACCCUUCUCGAAGCUGUGAACCAGGACGGUCGCCAGGAGUGGCCAUCAGUCAUGCAGGACCUUAGCCAGCUGCAGUCAUGGGAGACCACAAGCAUGGAGCAGGAAACCUCCACAAUUUCACUCUCAUCUUCCUCUGUCAUAAUCCGAGAGACUGUUGCAGUUGACAUCACUCAGGAGGGUGCUUCCACUGAAAUUGCUUCUCGGGGUCUCUUUGCUGAGGCCAUGGCGGAGGAGCUCCAGAAGAAGUACAGUGAACUUCUGGCUGAGAUACAAACUCUCAGAGAGGCGGCUGCAGAGUCACAGGAGAAGAUCAAGACAGUGGAAGAAGAAACCCAAAGACUUACUGCUGAGAGGGAAGAGGUAGCGUCUCGGGCCAGUGACCUAGAAGAGGAGCUCAAGUCUGCCAGAGAGGCACUGCAAAGUCUUUCCCAGCAGAGCAGCUGUGAGGCAGAAAAACACAGUGCUGAAAUGUGCCUUCUGGUGGAACAAAUAAACAUUCUGUCCAGUGACACCCAAACUAAGGAGCAGGAAAUCCAUGCUCUCCAGGCUGAUUUGGAAAUGGCUCGCCAAGACCUCUCUAAGCAGGAGAGUUGGGGCCUGACGUUGAGCGCACAGUUGGAAGACAGAGAGCUCCUGUCCUCCCAGCUGGAGAGGAAGCUUCAAGAUGUGGAGAACAGCAUGUUGGAGCAGUCGCAGAUGUCAGCUGUUGACAAUGACUCUUUGUCCAAGAAGGACUCUGAGAUCUGUGAGCUGCAGAUCCGCCUCAGCCAGAAAGAGCAACAGAUGACAGAGCUCGAUGAAAGCACGUCUGCGAAACUCAGCCAAGCAGAAGAGGAACGAGUCUUGGUCCAUAGUGAAGUCAGCAAACUGAAGGAACAGCUGGCAGAACUUCAGGAUUUAAGAGAAGAGACAUCUACUGCUGGGGAUGAGGAACUUGUGAGUUUACGCAAGUCUAAAGAGGAGCUUGAAAGCCAGCUGGUAACCACAAGAAAAAAGUUGCAGGUUGUCCUUGUGCAAAGGAAAGAGCUCAUGAAGAAGGUUACUGAUAUGGAGACUGAGGCAAAGGAUAAUGCAGCAAAAGAAGAAAUGGCACCAUUUGACGUUCAGAAGUCUUUAGCUGAAGAGAUGGAGGCCAAACUAACGGAGCUCCAGCAAACAUUGAGGUCCAAAGACGAAGCAAUUGAGAAUCUUCAGUGCAAGAUUAGCGAACAGGAGCAACUUCUGUCCGAAACACUUGCACUGAACAGAGAGCUGAACAAGCAAGCUGAAAGCUCCAAACAGGCUGACGUGUACGCCGACAACACCUUGUUACAGUCCCAAGUGGCGUCCUUGGAAACAGAGUGUCAAACCCUGCAAAAGAAACUCGUGGAGGCCCAAGAAUCUCGCAAGGAGAGCAACCGCAAAGCCAAAGAAAAAGAAAGGCACCAUCGGGAUCAGCUCAAGCAGCAGGAGGAGGAAUACAAUGACCUGAUGGGACGUUUUCAGGUACAAAGUGACGAGCGUGAGGUUCUUCUCACAAAAUUGAGGGAACUAGAAGAUAAAAUGAGGCCUCAAGAAGAGGAGCUGCUUCCUCGGGAGAGCAAGGAACUGGUUGCAAACACUGAGAAGACCUCGGCAAAUGACUGGGUUCAAGAAGACUGGGUGGAUUUCGCAGCAUCUGAGACGGAUUCUGGGCAACCUCAAUCUAGUGUUCAGGGACAGCAACUGACCGACCAGUCAGAGGUUCUUUUUGUUCCAUUGGAGGAACCCUUGAAAGCUCUCAAAGAAGAGAUCCAGAAUAUGCGGAUGGCAAACUCGGAGCUUGAGAACAAGCUUCAGGAAACUCAGACAAGUCUACUCCAGAAGGAGACUGAAUUGCAGGACGUUAGCAAGGAGCUACAAGAGCUAAGAGAAAAUGAAAGACAGAUUGAAGCCCUCUCUGAUGAAAUUAAUGAUCUGCGAGAAAAGUACCGACAAGCAGAGUCUUGCGCCGAGGCCUUGAAAGCAGAAAUGGAAGCGGCAACCACCGCGGCAUCUUGUCAGUCUGCCAGCUCCAUUGCUGCGCUUCAAGCUGAAGUGGAGGAUUUCAAAGUGUUCCUGGACAAUAAGAACCAAGAGAUCACAGAGUUAAGCCAGCAGCUCUGUGAGCAAAACACGCUCAUAGUCUCAAUGCAGGGGACGGUGGGCCAGAAGGAUCAGCUAAUAGCCUCCUUGGAGGAGAAACUCAAGGAGGAACAGGAGAAAAGCAAGAAUUUGGACGUUGAGGUUCCGCAAAAACAAGAGGAGGAGGACAACGAAGCCAAGCUCCAGCAGCUUCAGCGUAAGCUUCAGGCGGCCCUGAUCUCUCGCAAGGAAGUGCUGAAAGAAAACAAAAGCCAGAAGGAACAGCUGUCUUCGAGUGACACCCUCAUAGCUGAGCUGCAGCAGAAGAUGCAGGUGGCGCAAGAUGAGCUGGAGAAGCUUACAGCGGAACGUACCAGGCUAAUUGACGAGGUGGACCGCAUGCUGUUAGAAAACCAAAGCUUGGGCUCAUCUUGCGAGAGCCUCAAGCUGGCUAUGGAAUCCAUAGCAAGCGAGAAAGAUGCCUGUAGAAGACAAGGCGAGUUGGCCAAAGAGGAGGCUGCUAGGGUGUGCAAAGGAUGGGAGGAGAAGGUCGAUGCCAUGAAAGACGAGUAUGAAACCCUUUUGCGCUCUUACGAAAACGUGAGUGACGAAGCUGAGCGUGUCCGGCGAGUCCUGGAGACUGCCAGGCAGGAGAGACAGGAGCUCGCUGCCAAAGCGAGGGCCAGUGAGGCCUCGAGGCAGGAAGCCGAAAUGCAGGCGGAGGAGGCACGGAAAGAAGUGGAAUCGGUGAAAGAGAAAAUGAGAAAGUUCAUGAAAGCCAAGCAGCAAAAGAUCCUGGAAUUGGAGGAAGAGAUGGAAAGACUUCGCCAGGGGCAGGAAAAGGAACUUGUAAAAUCGGAGGAUGAAGCUCAAACCACUGAGUUGAAGAGACUUCGGGAGGAAAUGCAGACUUUGAAAGCGGAGUUGGACACUGCAGUGACAGAAAGGGAUGCUUUUGCACAGAGGGUUGAACAACUGAAGGAAUCAUUUGAUCAAGUGGAAGGACAAUCUUACACAGCUCCUGUGGUAGGGGAUGUUCAGCCCUCAGAUCCAGUCGUGACGGAGACGGAGAUGGUUGAGCACAAAGAAACCCCAAAGGAAACUCCAGAUGACAACGUAAGUUCAACAUCUGCUUUAGCUGCAGGCUCAGAACCCACAAGGGAAGAAGUUUUGUUUGAGAACAAAAUGAAGGAGAUGGAGCUUGCUUUCACUUCAGAAAGGGAACACUGGGUGGAGAGAGAGACCGAACUGAAGGCUAGGCUGGCCUCUCUUGAGCGAGAUCUCCAGGAGAGCAACAAGAAGGUGACCCUGAUGACCUCUUUGGAAGAAUCUCUGCAGGAGAGCAAACAGCGGGAAAAGUCUCUGAUUGAGGAAAGCUCCCAACGGGAUCUUCAGUUGAAGGAACACCUCAGAAACUUGGAAAAUGAGAAGGACAACCUGGAGGAGCGUCUCAUGAACCAGCUAGCCCAGCUAAACGGCAGCAUUGCAGGCUACCAGCAGGAGGUGGCAGACCUCCACGAGCGCCUUGCUGAACUUAAGCGAGAGACGGAGAAGUUAGAGAAGGAGCGGAGUGACCUCGAAGCCGAGGCCCGCGUCCAAACAGACCGAGCUUCCCGACUGGAGGAGGACAUGAGGCAAGCCCUGAGGCACAGGGCUGAAGCUGAAGCAGAGACUGGGAAGCACAGGGAGCUGGAGCAGCAGCUGAGGUCUGCUCAGAGGGUCAAAGAAGGCAGCCAGAGCCGAGCACGUCAGCUCGAGGAACUCCUGAGGGAGAAGCAGCUGGAGGUCCGUCAGCUCCAGAAGGACAGCAUACAAUACCAAGAGAGGAUAAGUGAGCUGGGAGUGGAAGCGAAGGCCCUGCAGCUGGGCCACAGUGAGCUCAGCAAGAACCUUCAACAGUCCCGAGAAGAGACGUCAAAAAACUUGGAGGACCUCAAGAGAACCGAAGCAGAAUUAGCAAGCUGUAGAUCCAACUUGAAUGAGGCAAAGGAGCAAUUAAGCCUUGUCAUAUUCCAGAAAACAUCUUUGGAACAGAACGUCCUACAGAAGGAAGCUCUCUGGAAAGCUGAAGCGGAGCAAACGCUAGACUCCGUCCGAUUCAGAUUAGGAGCUGAAUUAAAACAAAUGGAGCUGAGACUGGAAGAGGCUUACAGUGAACGGGGCAAAGAAGAAGAAGCCACGCGAGAGGCCAGAGAGGCGGCGAAUGUGUCUGACAGACGAGCACAGCAGAUGCAGGCCCGUCUUGAUGAGUCAAUUGCCCGCCUUGCCGCCUUCUCGCGCUGCAUGUCGUCCCUGCAGGAUGACAGGGACCGAGUUCUGGACGAGGCCCGGCAGUGGGAGACUCGUUUUAACGACGCGCUGCUUGGAAAGGAGGCUGAGGUUCGUGACAAGGAAAUCAGGGCCAGGGAGCUGGCAGAGAAACUUCACAAAGAAUCUUCUCUCAAAGAAGAACUCCAGCUCUUAGUGGAGAGGUUAGAAAAAGCAGACAAGGAGUGGCAGCUGAAAUUGGAUGAGGCAGAAAAGAACUUAAGCGAGAGCCGAGCUGAGGCGGAGAAGGAGCACACGGAGCUGCUGCAAACCUCAGCCGAGCUGCGGUCGGCACAAACCCAAGUGCGUCUUCUCACGGGCGACGUGGAAAGCCACAAUCAGAGGGCUUGUGCGCUGGAGGAGGCUGUAGCUCGGCUGCAGGAGGACGUCGGCAAAGCCCGGGCGGACCUGCAGGAGAGGGAGGCGGACGAUCGCCGUCUGUGCCUGACCUUGGAGCAGCUGGAGGAGGACUUGCACAACUCCAAGGCCUUGACGGAGAGCCUGCAGGUGGAGUUACACGAGAAGGAGAAGAGGGAAGUGGAAAUGCUAGCUGAGAAGGAGCAAGCGGUUACGCAGGCUGCGGAGGAGGCGCGCAAGGAGGCAGAGUGCAGAGCACGCGACGCCGAGGAAGACUUGGAGCGCAUUCGAGGGGAACUGCGAGACUCUGAGGAGAAACACAGACAAGUUGAGGAGGAGAGCGACGGCCGGCGAGCCAAACUGGACUCGUUUACGAAGGCCAUGGGCUCCUUGCAAGACGACCGAGACAGAGUACUCAACAUGUACAAGCAGCUGGAGGAGAAACAUCUCCAGGUCAUGGUGGACAAGGACGCUGUGAUCCAGGAGGCGGCGAGUGAGAGCAACAGUCUCAAGGAGGAGCUGCGCUCUCUGCUGGUCCAGAGGGACGACCUGUAUGCCGAGAAGGCCAAGCUGUCCGCUCAGCUCCACGGCUACCGUGAUGAGCUCAAGCAGGUUCUCAGCAUGAAGGACUCUCAGCACAAACGACUCCUCGCCGCCCAGCAGGAGCGCAUCGCCUCAUUGGAGAAGGAACGUCGUGAUUUGGAGAGUGCGCUGAGCGGCGUGGGUGAGUCAGAAGCUGUCCAAGUGGAGCGGGUGACGCCGUUGCAAGGCGUCGACGCUCCUGGAGCUGAGGUGGAGAAACUGAGGGAGCAGCUGGAGGCUGCCCGAGAGCAAGUGCAAGCUCUGGAGGAGAACCUUCUCAAGGAGAGGGAGGAGCACGAAAGGGAGACCAAAGAACUCUCAGAGCUACGCUGGGAGGGAGGCCUGAUGCGCACAGAGUCAGAGAGCGCCCAGGAGAGGGUGGCCGAGCUGGCCCGGGACCUGCUGGCGGUCGAGCAGAAGCUGCUGGAGGAGAAGGAGCUGGCGGCGCAGCUGAGGGCAGAGAACCAGUCGUUCGGCAAGGCAAUGGCCUCCCUUCAGGACAGCAAGGACCAGGCAGAAAACAAAGUCCGCCAGCUCGGCCUCAAGCUGGAUGAGGCCACGAAAGUCGUGAACCCUUCGACUGGAUCAAGUGGAGAAGUGUGGAGCCUGAAGAACGCCUUGCAAGCGCUGCAGAACGACCGUGAGAGACUGCUGGAACAGCUACAAGCGCAGACGACGGAGCUGAAGACCAACAAGUCAGAGCUGGCUCGUCUGGGAGCGGGAGAGCUAAUCAAAGUCAGCCAGGAGCUCUCUGAGGAGAAGAACAAGAACACGAACAUGGCCAGCGUCGUCGUGGAGAUGGAGAACAUGGCGGUGAGGGACAAGCAGGAAAUAGAGGCACUCAGACUGGAACGCGAGGACUGGAUGGCCCAAGCCGAGCGGCUGAAGGAGCAGACUCUUGGCGCCCUGUCCGAGCGCGACCAGCAGCUGAGACAGCUCACCGCCAUGUUGGAGGAGGCCCGGGCACGCAAGCCCAAACGCCAGAAGGAGCAGUACCACAGAGAGGCCUCACAGGAAGUGGACAGCGCUCCCGGCGCCCCUCAGGAGAGGAGCAACCUGCAGGAGGUGCACGUCUCCCACGGCCACCUUUCACAGCUGCGGCAGAGACUAGAGGAAGAGACGCAGCAGAGGCUGGCGGCCGAGGAGCAGCUGAUGGAGGCGCAGGAUCGACUCAGGCGCCAAGCCAAAUGGGAGGAGCAAUCAGAGACGGCCGUUUUCAUCGAGCCGCCCGAAGGCAGCGUCACGCGCACCCGUCGCGGCACCACCGGCUUGUUGCGGGCGCUGCGGGCGGGCACGUGCUGGCGCCGCCGAACGCCGCUGCUGCUGGGUGUUUACCUGCUGAGCGUGCACGUGCUGCUGCUGUUGUGUGUGGGUGGCUUCCUGUGACGCCUUCAAAUGGUCCCCCCCCCCCCACCCACCACCACACACACACACACACAAGUAUUGCACUUUUGCGACCCUUACACACGUACGCACUCACUUGCCAGUUUAUCAGGACCCCCCCCCCCUAAUAUCAUAACAGCCCCUGCAAUAACUGGCACCGUCCCUAUCCGGAGCACGCUGGGUGUGCCUAAUAAAUUGGUCAGCGAGUGUGGCCAUUUUAAGGGUUUUUAGCAUAUUAGUUGAGAGGGCAUGAAAGGGAAAUGUUAUGCAUCCAGAUACAAAUGAUUACAUCCAUAUUUAUAUACCAAAAGCGGUCAGUUUGCCGUCCGCAUACUUGCUGUCGGGAUCACGAAACCUGAGCGUUGUGCAAUUACCGAUCAUUCCGUUCAAACGUCACCCCCUCCCCCAAAAAAAAAAAAAGUAAAAAAAAUAAAAUAAUAAAAAAAAACACUCUUCCAUAUUAUUCUCCGUUCACUAAUGUUGACAACGGACCUUUCCGACUGGCGAUCUUGAGCUCCGCCCCCUUAGCGUACAGUUGUCAUGUCCCACAAGCUUCCAAAAUGGCGACUGAACAGAACAGGUUUGAAGUGGAUUCUCUAUCGCGUAUUCCAGAUAAUAUCGGGGUAUGUUUUUUUUUUUUUUUCCCAACUAUUUCACACAAAGAUAUGUACACACAAUUAAUAUUUUGGACGGAGCAGGACACGAUGUCAGUUACAGCGAAAUGUUAGCGAUCGAUGCACAAAAAAAAAAAAAAAAGUUUUGACGCCUCACAAACGUCAUAUUGAAAUCCAACAGGGUAAAAUUGUGGAAUCGUACUGCGAGUGUAACGCAGGGUGAGUACUUUUUACUUGGAAAGUACACGAGUAAUAUCGCUAACAAAGGGAAUUUUAUUCUCCUGGACAGAUAAUAAUUCAAUCCAUCUCAGAGAAGAUAAUUUUUCCCUCACUUACCUUCGAACUUACAGCCUCGUGUUUGUUGAUAUUGCCCACAUUUAGUUGUACGUGCGCUCUUCCGCGAUCCUUAAUCCAUCGUAGACACUUUUUAGGCUUUGGAAAAUGAAUCAAGCGGGCCCCUUGUGAGCUAGCCGGAUGUCUUGCAUCAGAGGACCAUUUUCUUCAUAACGUGAACUUUACCAAGCGCACGCUACUGACAACAUGGCGGCGGGGGGCGGGUCAAGCCAUGGUGGUUAAGACAAUGCGGCUAUCUGAUUGGCUAUGAUCGUACGAGCGAUUGACAGGUCGGAAAGGUCCAUUGAUUCCAAAAGAGGUGAGUUGCUCGCAGUCUCCAUCCCGUCCUAAAAUACUGUGAUUUUUCUCCAAUUUAUUGUGACUUGAAAUGGUUCUGUUGUUCCUUUUCUGCUUUCAUCUUUCCUCGUGGACAAGCGCACUGUAUGAAACGGUUUUCAAGGGCUUUGUAAGGGUGGGGGGGGGGGACCAUCCUUGUCUGUUACUUCCUGGAAAAAAAAAAAAAAAAAAAGAACCCAUUUUGGAAAAGGGAUGUGUAGGUUUUUCCUCGUGGUUUAUGCUGAUAUAUUCAAGCAUUUUGAAUAAAAGGAUAUUUUUAGUGGGA